AAUGUUAUUGAAGGAUGGAGCAGCGCACCAGUGGACUUCCACUAAGAAGAUAUGGAAAAACCUCCUCGUGUUAGCCUCGGUUUUUUUGCUGAGCUUCACGGCGUUCGGGGCCAUACAGAACCUCCAGAGCACGCUGAACAGCGAGGCCGGACUCGGCGUGGUGUCUCUGAGCUGUGUGUACGCCAGUAUGGUACUGUCGUGCCUGUACGCGCCAUUUUUCAUUCACAAAGUCGGAUCGUGCAAAUGGACAAUUGUCGUCUGUUUUUUCGGACAUAUUUUGUACACGGGCUCCAAUUUCUAUCCGUCCUGGUACACUCUGAUGCCAUCUUCAGUUUUGUUUGGGGCGAUUUCCGGUCCGCUCUGGACGGCUAAGAUCACUUACUUGACAAGCUCGGCAGUGGAAUAUGCAAAACUAUUGCAACAUGACAGUGUAGAGGGUGACAUUGCCAUGUUCAACGGCGUCUUCUAUUUCCUCAACGAUCUGUCAGGGAUCAUCGGCAAUCUUAUAUCUUCAUUGGUGUUCUCUGCGGGAACACAGGACAUCGGAAAGGGGGAUGUGUUUUGCGGUGCGAUGGAUUGUGGGAUUCGCCACGAAGCCAACUGGACUUCUCAUUACGUCACCAACUCAAACACGACCAAUUCAACAGGGUUGCCAGACGACAAGCAACAUGUGAUAGCACGGUAUACACUUUUGGGCGUCUUUCUUGCGUGCAACAUCUUAGCAGCGUUAGUUGCGGGACUAUGUCUCGACAUGGAGGCUAACAAUAAGGAACUAUCGCCUGCUGAGCCAAUCCAGGUGUCCCAACAACUACUACGUACAGUGCGCGUGUUUAAGGACAUCGACUAUGUGCUCCUGAUGCCUUUGCUGGUGAUCGCCGGCAUGUCCGAGGCCAUUGUAUCAGGAGAUAUCAACAAGUCGUACGUCAGCUGUGUCCUGGGAAUACAGAUGGUAGGUUACGUCAUGAUAUGCUACAGUGUGGCCAGCACUGUCUCCUCCCCGCUGAUUGGACAUCUGAAUAAGUAUGUGGGUGCCAGGAGCUUCAUCCUCGCCGCCGUGGUCGCCAACGCCGUUCUCCUCAUUUACAUGUUGCUAUGGCAACCGGAUGAGGACUCUCUCGCCACGAUCCUUGCUGUAUCUGGAGGGUGGGGCGUGGUCAGAGCGCUUUGGCGCAUCCAGCUAUUUGCUGUACUUGGCACUGUGUUUCCUAGCAACCACGAAGCCGUCUUUGCCAACGCCAAGAUGGCAGGGAGUAUCGGCAAAAUGCUGGUGUUUGCCUACAGCUCAGCUCUCUGCAUGGACGUCAAACUGUACAUCUGCAUGGCUGUACUGGCGCUAGGCACGGUGGGGUUCGGGGUUUUCGAAUUCGAAUGCAAAACGCGCAACAAGAAGAACCAAGGAGCUGAUACAUUUUAACGUAACGAGUUGAGUUAGGAUGGGCCGUUCUGAUACAUAGACACAUGUCACGUGACAUUAUGAAACAAUGUGGCAAUCAGUGUGAAAUAAAGAAAGUCAAGACAACGAAUAGAAAUCAGAAAAUGUUGUAUAACUGAUGAAAUACACGCUUUAACACAACAAGAUUUGACCACACAACACAUGUAGACAUAAGUUGAGCUGUUCUUGCUUUCUUCGUCAUCAUCAUCAUCAUCUAUGUCUUCAGAGUCCACCACGGCAUACUCAAAAUCGUUAUCGUUCUUAGUAUCGACAUAGCUCUGAAACACGAUGUCGAGUGAGGUGAAAACCUUGUUUUCUAAAAUCUUUUAUGAUGAAGAUGAAAACUCUAAAAUGAAAAUCAAUCUCUAUCGAUAUGUCAGAGGAUAACAUGACAGACUGAUGUGUAUAUUUAGACUUUGUUAUGUUUGGUCUGUGGGUACGGAUUGGAAUAUAAUCAAAAUGGCAUUAGAAUGUAAUGAUUCAAAUAGCGUAAUAUGAACUUCUUUCUUUCGACCGUAAAUACUUAUCCAGGUUGGAAAAUUAUUAGAUAACAAAGCUCUUCAUUCACAACCGCGAUCUAUAUACAAUUAUCAGCCGACCUAGCUCCCGAAUCACUCCGAACCAGGGUCGGCGGAAGCUCGGGAGGCCAUGUUUGGCUAUGUGCAACCUGGGCAAAUCCAUUUAUCCAUCUAUUUCAUCUUAUGACAAGCGGGUGACCCCUUCAACUUUUGAAUGGUGAUUUCUAAGGGUGCCAAUCAUACCUUUUCCGCACGCUCGCAUCAGUUUCGGCCUGAUGCUCAUGUACUUCUUCUUUCUGAAAUAACAAACUGAUCUCUGCCUUUUUCUCUCUGCAGAGAGAGUCCAUUGAAGAAGAAAACAAGCGUUGCUAGAAAUAUAAUCUCUGUUUGUCUGAAACUUAGCGACGGAUGUGACAUCUUUCCUUGUUCUGUGAUGUCACAAUCAGCGUAGUGCGAGACCAGUUUAUUUUCUUUGAUAGACCUACUUUAUGGCAUGGUGCCAUUGUUCUGCUGUAUACACCUCUUGCCGAGUCAAGUACAUCCAGAUGAGCUCGAGAAUCCUCUCGUUGCAAGGAGAUUUUAUUGUCUGUCAAAUCUUGCAAUCGAACGUUGCUUUCCGGUUCUUCGAGUGAACCACUGCGUACUGACAGGACAACUGAACGGCGGUAAACGUGUUAACAUCUAGUGUUGUCUUAAUCUUCUAACGGAGAGGAGUCGGGCGAGAUCACCAUGCCAUACGGACCUACCCUUCCACCGGGAGUAAAAGCAACACUCGUGGUGUUCAUCGCUCUCGGUAUUGUCUUGGCCAAUGCUUUUGUGGUCCUGGCGAUUGUGAGGGCCAGCCGCACGCCGAGUCUGAGAGGGUUCGCAAAGGUUCUGGCCAUGCUCCUGGUGUGUGAAAACAUCAUUUCACUUCUGCUCAUCGUGUUACUGGCCUUCAGCGUGACUGACAAAUGGCCGUACGGGAACACAUUCUGUCAUGUAAGUCUACCCCCUGAUACCUUUUUUAGGGGCGGGUGGGUCGCAUUUGAAGGCAUAACUUUUUUUUGGCAUAACUCGUGUAUGUAACCGUUUGCUUUUUUUUCGUAUCAUUUCUGUGUAAGGCCACAGCCCAAUGGAUGACAUCCGCCGCUAAGUGCAAAAAUUAUGAGAUACCGCGAAAAAAACAAGAUGGGUAAAAAAAACGAGAUGGCUAAAUUUUUCCCAUAGACACCAUAAACGUCGUAACAAGAUUUGAAGUGACAAACGUGGCAUCAUAACUAACAAGGUAUUUAUUCAUGUAUUAAAGGAUUGAACUAGUGUAGUAAAAGUUAUACUAGUGUGGUGCACUGGUAUCUCUUGCCAAGCUGGCAACUACAUUCAUGGCUUCCAUAUUGGUGUCACUUUUACAACUAUCCAACAAGUUUCACU